ACCUGCAGACCUGAACCUGAACACUCUGUACUGUUACAGUUACCCACCUUGGCCACUAGAGGCGCCUCCGCUCUCCUCAGGAGAAAGAAAGAUUUCCUCAGAUCCACAAAUUUCCCCUGACACUCCUCCUCCACAGCAGCCUGAUCCAGUUCUCCUGCAGGACCAAACACAGACCAGAACACAGGAACAUCAGAGCCCAGAGUCCGGGUGAACGGGGCAGGGUGGGGGGUUCACUGUAAUCUUACCGACGUCCAGACAGAACUGAGCCUGGUUCUGUUCAGAGCAGCCAAUCAGAACUGACUCCUUCACCGAGGAUCCGUCUGAACCGAGUCUCUCCAGGAUCGACUGCAGAUCUGAACAGAGCAAACAGAGACCUCAGAGACGGAUCAGCAGUCUGAGGUUCUCCUGGGAUUCUACCUGUGGCCCGCUACCUUAAAACUGAACCUGCGGUUCUAGAGUUCCUCUUUCCCUAAACCUGCUCAUGAUAUCUCUGAUGUUUCCCCACAUUUCCAGACCAGGUAUCCAUGAUCUUGUGGUUUACCUGUGCAGUGGACUUCUGCUGGUCUAAAGGUUCCUCUCUCAGUUCUUUGCAACAGAGGAGACAGACGGUGGAACAGGAAGAAGACACCGUCCUGCAGCGCCGCCGCACACGCUUCAUCGUCCUCCUUCAGCCGGUUCAAGUACCUGACAGGACGAGAACCACGAAAACCAACCAAUCAACCAACCAACCAACCAACCAACCAACCAACCAAUCAACCAAUGAAACGCCUAAACAGUCCAUCAAUCAAUCAGUCAACCAACCAACCAAUCCCCCAUGUAUGAGUUAGUAAACCUCAUCCUGGAGAUGAAGCCUGAGCAGCAGCGCACUGGUGGGUGUUUUGUUGCAGGUAGGAGGAUCUUCAGAGGUCUGAACAUGGCUGCCAUUCUAAACCAGUUCAAACUGGUCUGAGCUGGUGUGAGCUGGUCUGCUACCUGACAAAAAAAAAAAAAAAACACAACAACAAACAUGUCAACAUGGUUUGAAAAUUUUGACCUGACUGGAGGCAGCGGAGACUUUUGAGCCUGUAGUACCUCGGCACCUUCUUUCAGAGAACUCAGAGUGUAUGGAGGCUCAUUCUUGAGGCUUAGACUCCAUUACAUUUCCUCUAGCGCCACCAUCUGGACAAACAAAGUUUAAGUUUAAGGCGAGGACUCCACAGCUGACCAACGCUGUCUGAGUUUGAAGAGUUCCUGCUGCACAGAGGUCUAUUAUUUGUUGAUAUCAGACUUUUAGACCCACAGUUACGUGUUAAAGAAUGAGUCAGUAAACUGUGAUCGUCUAAAUCAAGGUUUGAUUUUUGCCUUUUUAUCAUUAAUAUUAAUUUUGUAAAGAAUUUUAAUUCAGACUCAGAUGUUAUAUCUUCAUGGAUUCACAGAUGGAGAUUCAGAAAACUAAAUAAAUAAGGUAAAAAAAACACAAAGACUGAUUUUUUUCUAUGUCUGAUUUCUCAUUUUUUUCUCAUAAAAACGUUGAUUUAAUUUUUUUAAACUUUAGUAGUUUUCAAGUCUCUGAUCACCUUCAUUUAAUCUUAAUUUCUUAUGAAGCAGCUGUUCCUGAAUCCUUUAUUUCAGUCUUUUCUCCUCCAUCUGUGUUUAUCAAAUCUAUCUGAAAUAGUCCUUCGUCUGAGGAGACGGUGGCACAAAAUCCGCCUAAUAAAUCUGUCAUUUUGAGUUUCUUUCAUUAUUAGUUACUCUUCAUGAUUUAUUCUUCUCUUAAUUUUAAAUUUUCAACAUUUUUGCUCACUCCGGCGUAUUUAUAAUCGAAGAAGCUGCUUUUAUUCCAACAAUAACUCAUAUAAAAGGGGACCACAGUUUACUGUUACCCCAAACCCACUUUUAACUUUAAUAACAUAAACCUCAUCAUUAUAUUUUAGCUCUUCUAGAGUUCAGUUUAAUCCUUUAUCAGCAGUAAACUGACUGUCUAACAUCGCAGCAGGUCACAGUCUCAGCUGGAGGGUUUUGGACUGAAACGUCUUAAAUUUGGAAGAUUUUGAAUGGAGUUUGGUGCAGUCUGAUCCGGACCGCACCACAGAAAUGUGUGUUUUUCAGAGACUAUAGUGUGCGUGUGUGUGCUGUCUAAUCCGUGUGUGUCUCUAAAUACCUGAAACCAAUCUCUGAUUCGGAGGUUUGUGACCUUUUCUUCUUCUUCUGUUUUUUUUUUUUUUUAAGUUUGACGGACUUCCGCCCUCUACCGGAAACAACGACGAAUACAUACAAAAAUAACAAACAACUAAAAUCAACAAAUAACGAAAAGAAAAUGAAUUUAUUCGGUUAAAAACAGUGUCAUUUUUUUCUUUAAACGGUUGAAAAGCAAAUCUUAGUUUCAAUACAGGUGCAGUUACCGCCUCUCACUGUCCCAGGCGGAGACUACAGUUCCCAUCAGGCCGUUCGGCUUCACACAUGUGUCUGAGAAGAGUUUAGUUUAUAGAGCAACAGCAGCAGCAUCAUCAUGUCUGUGUUUAUGGACUUAAAUCUGAGUUUUUGUGCCGAUAAGAGCCGCCUAAGGAGCCUGAUAGAGACCGCAGCUCACCGUGAGUGUGUCCGAGCUUCUCUCUUAAAUCAGCACUUUUUUAAACGGGGUUCUGUUAGAGCGGCCCGGAGCUAACUCUGCUAACAGCAGGACUUCAGGGGAACUACAGUUUAAAUAUAAUAAAUUCAAUACUAAAUAUUCAGUCAUAACAUCAGUUCAUUAAUGUUCCGUAUGUUUAAUAAAAUGUUCGUUAAUUGCUCCGAUUUUUCCUCAAGUCUGAGAAACAAUUUCGCCACAAAACUCUGUUUCUAAAACACAUCAUUUAACUUUCCUCUGUGUAUAAAACAAAUAAAAUAAUGAUCAUGAUGAUUCAAUUAAUUAUAUGAGACCAGAUAUCUAUCAGAAGAAUACGGCUGUGUAUUUGGAUACACAAACAGUAAGGUUAUUAUAUAAACACGUUAGAAGUCUGAUAAAGAGAACAGACUGGCAUCAUGGGUGAUAAUUACAGGUGAGGUCUCUCCACAGACACACACCUGUUGGUUAGUUCAUGACAGGUCUCCUUAUUAACAGCUCUUUAGUUCAGAAAACUUCAUCACUUUUAGAGAGUGAUCAAACAUGUCCAGGAUUAUUUUUCAGAUAGAAAAGGGCAGACAGAAUUUCUAAGAGAGGAAAAUAAACUUUAGUUUUAUGAAGUGGAAAAUAUUAAAUAAAAUCUAACCCAUUAUUUAUCUAAAAACACACUGAGGCUUUGAACCUCGGAUGAUUGUCCGAGUAAAAAACAAAGUUUACCGUCAAAAUGAAUCAUAAUAACAAUAAUAUUACUAAUGAUAAUAAUAAUAAUGAUAACAAUAACAAUAAUAAAGGGAUCAUUUCUGUCAGAUUUUCUACACUAACAUGUUUUUCUCUCUCAGUCGGUUUCUCCACAGUUGCCGUUAAUUACACGUUUGAACCGACGGCCAAAAAGAAACAGGUGAGUUUUUACCUGCUGUGCUGCCUUCAGGGACAGUCAGGGACAGGAACUGACCCCGUCUAGAUCUUAAAUAUCAUAGAUUCCUGUUUCAGUUUAGUAACAGCUGACUGUAAAUGUCUGCAGUUCACCCUAACCCUCACUGUCAGCAGGACCGGAUCCUCAGUACCUGAACUGAACCAGCUGAGCUGAACCGGUUCUGUCUUCAUAUUCUUGGGUUUCCAUCGCCGUCUCUUUUAUUUUGAAAUAUUUCCUGUUUUCAGGAGAUCCCCGCCCCCAUGCCGAUCACAGAUCUGAUGGAUCAGCUGCCCGUCGUUCAGGUAUGAUGGUGGAGACACUGAUGAUGAUGAAGAUGAUGAAGAUGAUGAGUGUUUACCUCCCUGUGUCUCUGUCAGGGUCGCUCUCGUCCAAUCAGAGUCCUGAACAGGCUGACGGUUGUGAUGUCAGACUCCAGCCACUUUGUGAGUGUGUGUGUUUGUGUAUAUAUGUGUGCGUGUAUUAAUAUGUGUUUGUGUAUUAAUCAGCGUUUGUGUUAAUGUGUGUGUGUUAAUGUGUGUGUGUGUUCAGAGACCCACAGCUCCAGAGUACCGUCGCUUCGACCUCCUGGCCGUCCAGCCGACCUCAGAGAAACUUUUUCAUGUGAGAAACUUUUUUAACAGAAAAACAAGUUUUGACUUUUUAUCCUGCAGCUGCUGGAAAAAACAGAUCAAGUUUAUAUUAUUAUUAUGAUUAUGGUAAUUAUUAUAGCAGUAAUAAUGAUUAUUAUUACCGUAAUAACAACAAUAAUAAUUAUCAUUAUAAUGGUAAUUAUAACAGUAAUAAUACAAUUAACAUAAUAAUAAUUAUUUUCUGUUAUAAUCAUAAUUAUUAUGUUUAUUAUUACAUUUCAAUUGUUCAAUAGUUUAUAUUCCCUUUUCUGAAACAGACAGAACAGCGACAACAUGAGAGGAAAAUAUUAAAAAGAGAAAUAAUAUUUUUAUCAUUAUUGAUAUAUUAAUGUUCACAGACUACCUUCAUCCUGUGUGUGUGUGUGUGUGUGUGUGUGUGUGUGUACAGGUGGCCUGUAUGACCUUGGAUAUCGACAUCAUCUGUAUCACAGUGACAGAAAAACUUCCUUUUUUCUUCAAGAGAGCGCCGAUCAACGGGGUCAGAAACAUCAGAACUAUUAUUAUUAUUUUACUGUCAGCUGUGUGUUUUUUAAUGUGUGUGUGUGUGUGUGCAGGCGGUGGAGCGCGGCGUCAUGUUUGAGGUCUCGUACGCAGCAGCCAUCAGAGACGCCACCAUGAGGCGUUACACCAUCGCGAACGCCACCUCUCUGAUGGAGACGUGUAAAGGGAAGGUACGCCUGUUUUGACCCGCUCUGCUCGCUCAGUGUUGUUUGAUUAUGUCAGAGGGGGCGGGGCCUAAAUACCUGCAGUUUAACCUUGCUGGUCUGUGUUUCUCAGAACGUGAUCCUGUCCAGUGCAGCAGAGAAGGUGAAGUGUUAUUGAUCAGUUAUUGAUCAGCUGAUUUAUCAAGUAUACCUGCAUGAAUACUGUGUAAUAAUCCAUACUGUGUGUGUGUGUGUGUGUGUGUGUGUGCGUGCACGCCUCAGCCCCUGGAGCUCAGAGGACCGUAUGACAUCACUAACCUGUAUCCUUUGAUCACACAUUAAAGCUCCUGUCAGGAACUUUAGGUUGAUUUUGGCGCCCUCUGGUGGACAGAGUUAGUUAGUCAGUUAAAGAAACUGUCCGACUGUUUCUGACAUAAACAAACGUAGACGCCGUCCCGCAGAGUCAUGUGACCACAGCUGAAUGUUUCCUGAGCCGCUCCUCAGAGGUCUGCUGUUCGGUCUGUCUGACGGAGACUCCAAAGAAGCCGUGUCCUCCACCUGUCGAUCGGCGGUGCUGCACGCAGGUACGCAUGACUGAGACAGCUCUGAUUGACCAAUCAGAGACCAGCAUGUCACUGACUCACUGUUCCUGUCCGUCAGAAACCAGGUGGACGGCGAGCGGGAUCAUUAGAACCACAAAGACCUGCAGUGUCACCCCCAUCCAGCAGGAGGCUCCACCUGAGGAGAGUGAGUGAGCAGAAGAAGUUAAAGCUCCUCUGAAGGUUCAAACAUCGUUAAAUUUAACCUUCGUCUGAUUUACCUGCACAGGUGACGCUCCGGCCGCAAAGAAGGCCAAGCUUGAGGACGAGUGAUUGACAGCUGUGGAGGCGGAGCUUCUUUGGGUUUAUUUUUUAUUUUCUGUUAAAACGUUUUUUUUUAAUAAAGUUACUCAGAUCUCAGAUCAGCUUUAAUAAACUUUAUUUCAAAUCUGCGGUACAAAUGCUGCUCUCUGAUUGGACAGACGGCAGGAAGUGAUGUCAUCCAAAAAUAGAGUUUUACAAUCGGAGUCAAAAAUAUCAAAAAUAGAAUCAUCUACAAAAUUAAACAGAACCGCCUUAAAGAGGCGCGGCCAGCUCACAACGCCGCCUUAAAAACAUGGAGGCGGAGCCAACACGGCUACGCUAACCAGGCUAACGAGGCUAACGUCAUUAAUACAGAACCAGAACCAGAACCAGAGUCACUCUAACAGCCUGGAGCUCAAGAGAUCCAGUCCACGUCACAAAGACGCCAAACCAGACCUGACCUGACCCCCAUCACUGAGCGGAGACCCCGUCACUGAUCCAGAACCAGCCGGUCUGAUCCAGAACCAGCCGGUGUCUCCCCUCUCAUGUCUUCAGAUCACAUGAGAACACCUUGAACGGUCCCGGGAUAAAACCGGGUCCUUUUGGACAGAACUGAACCGGUUUAGUGGACCACAAAAAAGAACUCUGAUCUCAGUGUCUGACUCAACAAAAACAGGUUCUUAGGUCCAGAACCAUGACAUGGUCUGGACCCAGAACCACGUGACAGACCGGUUCAGUGAAGCGGUCUCUGACUAAGGGGACGGUGUGUGGGGGGGCCCAGAGACAGGAGAAUGACGGCGUUUGUCCCCCCUAUAGCAGCCCCCCUGGUCGAUGUUCUGGGUCGGAGAAACCCAGAAGAUCAGGGUCUCUAAAAACUCUGGACUAGCCCUUUAAGGUUUCAGGUCCCAGACUGACCCACAAGGACUGACGCUGCGUUCAUGUUGGACUCGGAAGUCGGGAUUUCCGAGCUCUGAGUCAGAAAUUCUGGAACGCCCCUGAAGUCGGAUUUCUGACUCGAAAAGUCAGACGAUCCUCGCCGACCCCGACUUAAUGACGUCAUAAUCCAAGAUGGCGGCGCGGUUCAUCGACAGUGAAGUUUUCUUCAUCAUCACUUUCUGUCGUUCUGACCGCCAACUGACUGUGAACACGCUGCUGCGGCGUUUGGAAGAGGAAAAUACUGGGUUUGUUUACAACGUAUCUCUAACAACAACUAACAACCGCUAACAACGGGUAACUGUCGGCGUCCAUCUUGGUUUUCAGACUCGUUAACUGAACACAGCGCUUAUCCAAACGUUCUAAAUCUGCAGACACACGUGUUUAAAGUGAUGAGUUCACUGAGCGUCGGACGUUUCAGGACCGCAGCUUCAGGUGUCCUUUAACUACGUCACUAAUCAAUAUCCAAUAAUCACUUUGAUCGCUUUGAUCUUUGAGUUGUUCCCUUAAACUCAACAUGACGGUGUGUUCAGGGUCAGUGGGACAUCUGAGAGCUCCGAGUUCAGGCAGCAGGACAGCGUCAGUGAGGAGGGAGACAACAGAACCCCUCAGAUGUCCCAGUGUCCCUGAACGCAGCGUGAAGAACAGCAGCAGGUGGAGGUGAGAGUUCAUCUUCUGUUUGAGUGACAACAAGGCACCUGAUUGGCUGUCUCUCUGUGGGCGGAGUCUGAUGACAUAAACAUCUGGAGCAGGAGUCUCAUCACGUAGGUUUUCAGGGUCCCUGAGUUAGGACCGAGGGAGGGGGUCUAAACUCAGCCCCCUGACCCAGGGGACCCUCAGGGACCCUCAGGGGACCCAGGGGUCAGAGGGUCAAGUUUAGAUCUCCUCCUCCUCCUCCUCCUCCUCCUCAGUGUCUCAUGAUGUGGUUGAUGUGACCCUGAAAGCACGAGAACAUCACUGACACCUUCUCUACUUCCUGUGAUGAAGAUGAUGAUGAAGAUGAUGAUGUUCGUUAAACUCCUCACUCACCGGUUCUCCUCCCAGACAGCGGGGGCAGCAGAGCGCAGGAGGUCUGGGCUGAACUACAUCCUGCAUCUACACACACACACACACAAGCAAAGGUCAUGGCGUUACCAUAGCAACAGCUGCCUAACAUCAUGGUAUUAUCAGCUGUUUUAGGUUACAAAGGGAGUUUUCGUUGCCAUGACAACCCACACUCACCUGUUGCUCUGGUCGCUGAUUGGACGCUGUGAAAGUGAGGGAGGUUUCCAUUGGACACUCAACUGACAGAAGCUCCGCCUCCAAACACACCCGCUUCUGUGAACACACACACACACACACACACACACACACACACACACACACACACACAUCACCUUCAUCAUGAGGACUCCGAGGUGGUAUGAGCUGACAUCACCUUCUACCUGGACACGCCCCCUCAGAAAGUCUGACGUCCUGUUCGUGUUUUUUUUUUUUUUUGUUGGAUGGUAGGGGAAGGUCCCGCCUCCUUGGCCUCUGAUUGGCCAGAAAAGCAGGAAACGUCAUCACACGCCCAAGCUGAACGCGGGCUGACAGCGCCGAACAUCGAACAGAACAUAAUCGUAAUUCUUAAAGAGACGAUGACGUUUCACAGCAAUAAGGAACAACCAAUCAGAGCCCAGCACUUCUGGCCAAUCAGAGGCGAAGGAGGGCGGGACCUUCCCCUACCAUCCUAAAAAAAAAAAUCAUGUCCUGGUCCUGACUGACCCUGAACUUCAGGUCCUGGUGGACCACAGGAACCACUUGGUUCUUGACAGACACUGAGGCGGCCUCCACAGCUCAGGUGUGCAGCAGGUUAUAAUGCUGGUACGGCAUCAUCCAAAAGGGGGCGGGGCCAUGACUCCAGGUCAAAGUACCUGUAUCACUCUGAUCUCUAAAUCUGACCUUCGCUCUGUGAUAAGACUGAGAACAGGUGUGUCUGAGAUCACCUGACACGCCUCACUCCUCCAUCAAAGAAGUUUGUGUAAAGGUUAUUGAUUAAUUUCACUUCAGUUCAUCUUCAUAUAGACUCAGGCGCUACAGUCUAACCACAUUAAACAGUUUACGAAGUGAAAUUAAUCAAUAACCUUUACACGAACUUCUUUGAUCGUCUUCUGUGCCUCAAUCGUAAAACACCGAUUUAUCAUCAUUAUUGGUCCCGACAGACUUCUGGUCACUUCUGUUGGAGUUUUUUAUUUACAUCCUUUUAUUUUUUCAGUAAGAAACUUUUUUUUUAUUUGCAGCAGUGGCUGCUCUCGGCCACCGUAUAUUUUCACUCACUCACUCACACACACACACACACACACACACACUCACUCGUUCACUCACUCACUCACUCACUCUCUCUCUCACUCACUCACUCUCUCACUCUCACACACACACACACACACACACACACUCUCACUCACUCACUCUCUCUCUCACUCACUCACUCACUCACUCACCGCCCUGUAGCUCCUCGCUUCUUCUUCUUCGCUGUCCUCCAAACUCUUCUUCUUCUUCCUCAGGAGGCUAACACACUGCAUGCUAACAGCUAACGGCUAACAGCCUACACUUCCGUUAGCCUGUUAGCCUGUUAGCUCGUUCGCGGACAAAGCGUUGACAAAGUUUCCCGCUCAGACUGAACUCGUUAAUAAAGUUUAUCCGGUUAAACUUUCUCUCUCUGCUCACCGUAAACUCUUGUUUUUGUUGACCGACCUUCUGCUGACCGGCAACCUCAAGUUUACGACAACUACAGCAACACAACAGGAAGCGGGCCCCCACGACUCUUCAGAAUAAAAGCCCGGUAUUCACCAUCAGAAUCCAGUUAGAAUUCAGAUACUGUCUUUCUAGCUUUCGUUAUAAUUGCACUUUUUCUUCAUUAACCUUUUAAUGUUUUUUUUCUGUUGCUCUAUUCUAUUAUAACAGUAAUUAUCAGUAUUACUUUAUUAUUUAAUUAUCUUUGUUGAUAUUGUCUUUUAUUUUUACUUUCCUGUUUCUGCUUCGACUCCAUUAUAAUUACAUUUUAUUUUUUCUUGACUAUUCUAUGUUCUUAUUUUGGUCCUCAUGGUCUGAGUUUAUGUUGAAAGGUUCUUGUUUUGUCUCGGUUCCUUAUGAGUGCUAUACAAAUAAAGUCAUUAUUAUUAUUGUCA